GCAUGCUCGUCAUCCACACCCACAGGAAAGGAGAGAACAUGCGGUGCAAAACUAUCCUCCCCCUCCCGCUGGGGAUGUCCUCCGGGCCCAAAACCAACCAGAGUCAGAAGAAGGCCGCGCCGCGCCGCAGCCAGCGCAGCAGCCAUGGCCACCUCUUCCUCGCCGCUCGCCGCGCUCCACUCCUCCUCCUUCGCUUCCUCCACUCCUUCCUUGCCGUGUAAGUUGGCGGCGCCGCCCCGGCGGCGGAGGCCGUACACCCGCAUCCGGGCCAUCGACCUCGACCAGAACACGAUUGUGGCCAUAUCGGUGGGCGUCGUCAGCAUCGCCGUCGGGAUAGGUGUCCCCGUCUUCUACGAGACCCAAAUCGACAAUGCCUCAAAGAGGGAGAAUACACAGCCGUGCUUCCCCUGCAGCGGCUCUGGCGCGCAGGUAUGCAGGUUUUGCGCUGGAAAGGGCAUCGUUACUGUAGUACUUGGCGCAGGCGAGACUGAAGAAUCAAAGUGUGUCAACUGCGACGGCAUCGGCUCUUUGACAUGCACCACAUGCCAAGGCUCUGGGAUCCAACCACGCUAUCUUGACCGCAGGGAGUUCAAGGACGACGACUGAUUGAAGGUUUUGUUCUAGUCUUUCUUGUGGUGGUGUGCCGAAAAGAAGCAACAUCACUGCCUGAUUUGAGGACGGCGUUGCUUGUUCGGAAGAGGUGUACGUGUACCUAUCAGCCAUCAGGAUCCCAUGCAUCUGAUUGUUUUGUCUUGUGUUACUUAUAUCUGUCCCAGUUCGGUAAAUACAUAUAUGGCAGCGGAGAAGAUGACUGGAGCACAAGUGUUGGACAUUUUGCAACUGAUGUAAAUGUAAUAUACCGUGGUCUUUUAACUUUUGGAGUUAACUAGCAUCAUUGGCCAUAAUAAUCUGUAAGUGCACGCUGGAUUGCUGCAUUGGGGAAAA